AUGUAAAUUGAAUAAUUGGAAGAGGAAGAGCAUUCGAUUCAAGCUCUGAGAGCUAAAUAUUAGGCUAUGAUAUCAGUCUAGAUAUUGGAUGUUGUUAUUAGAUGUUUGAUUGGAAGCAUGUGGGCCUUGAUUACCUAUUCUUCUAUUUUAGCAUUCAUUAAAUUGUUCAGAAUUGUGUCCAAUCAAUACAAAUACAACUAUUAUAGGGAUAAGUGGGAGAAGGAAGUGACUUAGUACGAAGACGAAGAUUGCAUAAAUCAAACCAAUGAGAAAUACAAAAAAAUAAUAAUCCAAUAUCACGAUCGUUUGGAGAAAUACGAUAAAAAAAUACAAUAAGGCUUAUACAGAUACACAUUCUUGAUUAUUCUUGUAUUUGGAUUGAAUAUAGCAUGGUGGUAUUUCGAUUACAUGAGAUCAUGUAUGGGUUAUGGGUUCGUGGUCUUUAUAAUAUAUCAAACCUAUUGUUUUUUGGAUAGAAAAUACAUACAGCCGUAUUUCGAAAGACGUGCAUAAGAAAAAGAGAAAAAGAGAUUGGAUGCAGAAAUUGCAAAAAAUAAGAAAUAAAACUGA